AUGUUUUCCAAAUCAACAGCACCAUCAUCAUCGCUCCCCGGCAACGAGAAGCCUAACGAGAAAAUGACUCACAACAAUGACGAAAUGACAGCCGCGGCACUUCCUAUAGACGACAAUAUCGUCUUCGAUAGAAAGCAGCAGCAGAAAAUCUUUGACGACACCUCCAGAUACAACACGGCCACUGACAGCAGCUUAAUAGACGAUGAUAUAGAUGGGGAGCAAUGGGAUAAAAAACCCACUCAACAGUCCUCACCACCGCUACCUAUUAUUGAACACCUAUUGAUAUCGCCGCUACAACCAACCACCAGCAAUGAGGACAACCAAAUCCUUGAUAUUAUUCAUAGUGAUAUUGGCAGCACAACUAUACAGGAAAAACUUAAAGCAGCUGUUGAUAAAAUGACAGCGAGAUACAUCAAGCGAUACAGCACACUUGCGCAGGCAUUCGAAAAUCUCGAAGCAAUUCGCAGCAAUUUAGAGCAUGAGCUCACGAUCCAGCAAGCACACUACGACAAAGCAGUUCGCGAAAUGAAAUUUUACAAGUCCAAGUACCAACGACUGCGGCUAACACAGCAUCAAAACCAGCAAUAUCAGACUCCCUUGUCAAGAUUGUUUAUUGACGACGACGAUAUUGUCGACUGGCAAAGACGAGUCACCACUGCAAACAACACCUCCGAAGAAGACGGCGGCGACUCUGCAUAUCAACAGCUCCAACAACAAGACGAACAAGUAGUGGACUUGAUGGCAGUAUUGGCUAUGGAAGACCAGCCGGAAACUACCAUGAGCUCCACCAAGACCCUUCCUAUCCAGACUGUGGGUGUUGGACCUAGCGCACCGCCACCGACGGAUCCCCCUCCACCACCGCCUCUGCAAUCAUACACUGUCCCAGCAUGUCCUUCAUCCCCAGAAGCAGUGCAGCAAGAUUCAAGUCCAGAAAAUGAUUCCGCAAGCGAACCAUCGUCAGAUCCUUUGAAGAACACACGAACGAUGCCUUUGACCUUCGCCUGUGGUGAUGGGUUCUGGGACACGAUCGCACGAGGCAAAAACAAUAAAGUUGAAGUAGAUAGCCUUAUAAGCAAUUAUCUUCGUCGUGGCGGGCAACCAAACGUUGCUAAGAACUCCAGUACUCUCAAAUCAGUCAAGGAGGGCUAUGGGUUGAUCCAUGCCUUGAUCGCUGUCAAAAAUAGCAGUGCCUUGUCCCGUGUGGUUGAAGCUGGCGCCAAUCCAAAUGUUAUAGCCUUAUCACCGGAGGAGUCGGAUCGUACGACACCGCUUGUCCUUGCCUCGCAGUUAGGUUACUUGACAGGUAUCCGGCUUUUGCUAGAACGUGCUCGAGCAGAUAUUUUCCAACGCGGGCCAAAUCAAAUCACUGCCUUACAUGCAGCAAUUGAGAAAGGCGCGGAUGAUAUAGUCAUGUAUCUCCUCCGCGCUUCGAAAUAUGCAUUACUGGACAUUGUAGAUGUAGAAGUCAAGCAAACGCCCACACCAUUGGAUCUUGCAAAAUCUGGUGGCUUCAAAACGAUUUCCGAAUACUUGCGUAAAAUGGGUGCCAAAACGACCAAAGAAAUGGAGAAGACGGCCAAUCGCAGCUCCAUUACAAACGGUGGUACCAAGGAAUAUUCUUCAACUACAUCUGCCACAACCAGUCGUAGUAGUGCUGCAACCACCAGCACUACAUCUAGCACUCAAAUCAGUGGGAUCGCUGCACUGGGAUUAUCAAGUACCAUUAGUCGUGGCUCAACGGCAACAGCAACAACAUCAUCGUCCAGAAGAAGUGUGAUUAGCUCCUCUUCUGGAAGUGCAAGCAUCCUUAGCGGCAACGAGUCGGCUAUUAGUAGAGAUAGUGCGAGUUUUGUCUUAUCAAGGUCAUCCAUAAGUAGUUUCCGUAAUAAUCUUCUCGGUCAUUAA